AUGGGUUUUGGGGAGCACUUGUGUAGUUGGAUUGCCCAUUGCAUCAACACUCCAAGCUUCUCAAUGCUCAUAAAUGGCAGCCCGUCAGGUUUCAUUCGCUCCUCUAGAGGACUUAACCAAGGGGACCCCUCGUCUUCCUUGUUCUUCAUUGUGGUGAUGAAGGUAUUGAGCCUCAUGUUGAAGAAAACUACCAAAGGAGGGCUCCUUAAAGGUUUUGAGACUGUCUUGAACCUCAAAGUGAAUCUUGGAAAAAGUGAAAUUAUCCCAAUUGGCAAAAGGUCAAGAAGGCCUUCCCUUGCUAGUCUUCUAGGUUGCAGGAAGGAAACUUUCCCUAUUAACUACUUUGGGCUCCCUCUUGGUGCCAAAUUCAAAGAUAAAGGAGAGUGGAACCCAAUUAUAGAGAAGUUUGAAAGACUGGUGGGGGAUGGAAAAGGAACUUUCUAUCAAAAGAUGGCAAAAGUCACUCUUAUUAGAAGCACCUUGACAAACCUUCCCAUCUAUUUUAUGUCCUCCCUACCACUACUGAUUUCUGUUGCUAAAAGACUUGAAGGAAUUCAAAGGAGAUUCCUUUGGGGUAGCCUGGGGGCAGAAUUCAAAGUUCACUGUGUCAAAUGGAGCAUGGUGAAGCAACCUAUUUGUUUGGGAGGUUUGGAAUCAAAGUCCCUCCACACUUUCAAUAAGCCUUUCUUGGGAAAUGGUUAUGGAGGUUCAUGA